GUGGACAACCAUCUCGACUUUUGCUCUGCUGUUGCUCUUUUGACAUUACGCCUCGAAUACUCCACACAUCAGACCAGGAUGUCCACUCCCGCCGCUUCUCUCCCUCGGUCUGAACACGAGCCUCUGGCUACCGAACUGCAUCCCAUCUCGGACGCCACCCUCACUAUCCGUGUCAUCAAAAGCUUCGAGUUCAGAACCCAGAAGAGUCUGGUGCUUCAGCAUCUUGAUUUGAGGACCCUGACAGUGGCCGCUCUUAUGGAGCAGGUCAGAGAGCAGGUCAAAACAGUCCCCGGAUUCAAGGCCUACCGGGCACUUGUACUUGACACACUCAAGCUUUACACGGUUGCCCACGGGCAUAAGACCACCAAUCUCAUCAUCAAUUUGGACCACGAAGACUGGAUCCUCAGUGAUUUGGAAGAGACGCUGGCAGACAUUGGCGCUCAAAACGAAACGGAGUUAUCUUUUUUCAACAGAGAAGCAUACGAGAAGUUUAAGGCGGAUCCCGAGAUCAAAUGGGACUAGAUCAUUAGAGGGGGAGCUUUCUUUAAUUGCAUCAUUCAUUCUUGGGUUUAGAGUCUAUGCUUGUACACAUUCAUGUUGUCCAUUGUGCAUCAAUUUGUCUGCGCAUAUCACACGUCGAGCAUCUUACACGUCGAGUAACAGUACUAUACAACCUGGGAGCUGAAAAGGAGACAUGUUCGCAUAGUUUCCUCUUUUGGAAGCGGAUCUCUCAUUGCAACCCAAUCGACUACGCAAUUGCAGC